AUAAGAUAGUAUCUGCAAGUGUUGCCAAGUUCAACUUCAGCAAUUGGGAACUAACUGGUGGGGGGGGGAGGUUAAUUUUUAUUGCAGCACUAAUUUUAUUAAUUUUUUUUAUUUACAGAAACAUCGUCUACAAUAUCAGUGUCCACAACUUGGAGGAGAACUUCAGUCAAAGAAUCGUGUGGUACUCCAAAGAACAGGACAGUUCCAUGUGCUUCGACAAGGGGAAGUCAGUGGACGAGUGUCAGAACUACAUCAGAGUUUUGGCCAAGGAAGGCGAGGGUCAGUUCCUUGUGUGUGGCACCAACGCCUACAAGCCUCUCUGCCGUCACUAUGCUCAACAGAUGGACGGGAGCUUCAACUUCACGGAGACCAACGGUGCUGGCAAGUGCCCAUACGACCCCAGACACAACUCUACCUUCGUUUAUGUCGAUGGGGAGUUAUACUCUGGGACAGUGGCGGACUUUCAAGGCACAAGCUCCAUCAUCAUCAGAUCUCCUCUCAAGACGGAUCAUAAUGAAUACACACAGUUAAAUGCACCAGAUUUUGUGCACUCGUUCGACUACGGAGACUUUGUCUUCUUCUUCUUCCGGGAGACUGCAGUUGAAUACAUGAACUGUGGAAAACGUGUGUACUCGAGAGUAGCCCGUGUGUGUAAAGGAGACAGGGGAGGUGGACAGCAACGCUUCAAGUUAUCAUGGACUUCAUUUCUUAAGAGCAGACUCAACUGUUCCGUUCCAGGGGACUACCCCUUCUACUUUGAUGAGAUCCAGUCGACGACAGAUGUGAUUUCGGGCGUGUACGGAGGUGAAACCCACAAAAUUAUAUAUGCAGUAUUCACCACCCCACCCAACUCGAUUCCGGGAUCAGCUGUGUGUGCAUUUUCUAUGAGAUCUAUUUUGGACACCUUUGAGGGAUCCUUCAAAGAGCAAAAGACAUUAAACUCCAAUUGGCUGCCAGUUCGUCAGGUUACGGUGCCAGAGCCCCGUCCAGGAAGUUGUGUUGAAGAUAGCCAGACACUUCCUGAAUUAAAUAUUGACUUUGCUAAGAAUCAUCCACUAAUGGAUGAAGCUGUUCCUGCCUUCUUUGGUCGACCUCUCCUAAUGAAGGCUUCAUUUGAAUAUCGUUUCUCAAAGAUGGUGGUGGACCCUCAAGUUACAUUUUUGGAUGGCAAGUCUGUUGAUGUGCUCUUCAUUGCCACAGACAAUGGUAUAAUCUUUAAAGCUAUCAACACUCUUGCAUCAGAAGGCAUAAAUAAUAUUGAACCAGUGGUGAUUGAAGAAAUACGUGCUUUUGAGCACCCAGUUCCCAUCAUGAACCUGCAAAUAGCACAACAAGCAGGAGGAGAAAGCAAGCUAAUUAUCAUCACUGAUGACGAGGUUAAAUCGAUUCCUUUACACCGCUGUCACCGAGCCACCACUUGCAGUGCAUGUGUGGGACUACAAGACCCAUACUGUGCCUGGUAUGAGGGGCAUGGAAGCUGCGGCCCACUUGGUGCAAAGCUCACCGGACCUAUUCUACAGAACAUCACUGGGAGCCAUUACCCUUGCCCAUUCAGUGCAGAGAAUGAAGUGUACAAUCCAUCUACCCAGAUUCAAACAACUGAGGCUCCAAGUCCCCCAGAGGUGGAGACGUGUGCUCCAUGUGUGUGUCCUGAGCCUCCCUCCUCGCGUCCAUCCCCAGUUACUGAAGUUUUUCCCACCGAGGGGUCGGUGGAUCACUCGACCAUAUAUGACCCACCUCCGGAGGAGGAUUACCCAUCCUUGGAGAGUAAUAAAAUCCCUCCACUAUCUCCAGCUAAGGACAGCACUAAUCCCAACAUUGUUCCACAUGGUGUGGGUGAAGAUGGAGACAUACCUAAUGAAAUCCUCCGUGGCACUUUAGGACGUGAUCCCAGUAAGGAAGUUGGCAUCGCGUAUGCCGAAGGCGGCAUCACUGGUCCAGUGGUUGGAGCCUCGCUUGAGGGCCCACCAAUCUACUCGGCAGAAACUCUGGCCAUUGCUGUCACCACUGCUUGUGUGGCUGCACUUGUCAUUGGCUUUAUCUCUGGCUUCCUGUUUUCUCGCAAGUGUCGAGGAGAUGAAUAUGCUCAUACGUACUCUGAGACACCUUAUUUGGAUUCAAAACUCAAUAAAAGAGACAAUUUAGUACCUGCAGCGGACCCAAACAUGUACACGGCCAACAACAAACACAUCAACAAUCUAGUGACUAACUAUAAUCCCAAGAAUAUUAAUGGCAAGUCCAAUACCAACACCACAACGGACAGCAAGCUUCUUAAGCCUGCCAAAUGUGCCUAUAUUUGAAUGGAUGCGUUAGACACGCCUUGUUGUUGGCCCGAAUGAAUUAAUUUUAAUUUUUACUGGACAGGCCUAUUGCAUCAUAAGUAUCUGCUUAGGCUUGUUGCAUUUGAUCUGAUAUUGUCGUGAUGAGAAAAUUUGUGUAGCAAGACACAAUUGCCUCUAUUCCUCCACAACACAAACAUUGAAAGAAUGUUGGAAUUGUUUUGGAAGCUUUGAGGUUAAUUUCUUUUCAAUAUUUGACAAUGGAUGAUCCUUGCCAUCUGUACAGCUCAGCUUGUCAUUAUUCAGGAGAGUUUUAAUAGUGUAAAGGUUCUCCUUAAUGUUGCAUGAUACUACAGUAAUGUAUAUUGGCAGGUUUUCACUUGGUUUGACAAGCAGUGGCUUUUGAAGUUAUGAAAAUAGUCAUUAAGAUGACAUUAAUAACCAUUGUGGAUUGAGAAAUUAUGACUUCCAGUUGCCAUAAGAAAUUGGUGGGAGUUUGAAUCCAAAUUAUUUGUUGUUGAAAGUGGCAAGAGCCCAACAUUCCAGUAAGUUUUGUUGUUUUUUCAUAAAAGUGAUGGUGCCAGCUUGAAGGAGUUAAAUGCUUGCCAAGGAAAAAAAAAAAAAGUUGAGGCUGUAUGUUUACAAGUGUGUGUGCAUAAAUUCUACAAAAAGAAACGAUAUUAUCCUUCGCACAUUAUAAUAGUCGAGGGAUUUAUGUAAAAUACUGAAGAAAAACGUAUUUUAUUGCCUAAAGACUCAUUUUAUUUUAAAUAUUUUUAUUGGUGAAAAGGCAUUUGAGAUUGAAUGGAAAAUAUUUAUUCCACGCCUUCAAUCUCUAGCACCAAGGAAGGCCUUGCAUGAAAAAGGGAAAGAAAAUUCUAAUUGACAGUGUCUGAAUGAGAUUUUCUAGCCAUAUCUCUCUCUCUCUCGUUCUCUGGGAACACUCAUUUCAUGAAGGGUGGGUGGCACCGCCCCCCACACACACCGUUUCCCAGGCAUGUGUGUGUUCUAAAAACUUAAAGUAUCUGAAACAUCUAUAAAGUAACUUUGUCCUCAGUUAGCCAACUGAAAAGGGAAGUCUUCUGUGUUAAUUAUGAGAGUGCUUCAACAUGCAUAUACAAAGAAGAAAGUGAAAGUGAAGGAACAUUAAAAGAGAACUACAGUUAACCAGAAAAAAAUGAAAAGUUGCAAAUUAAAAUGAGGUGGAGCAAAUCUAGUAGAAUAUGAAGUGACACUAUAGUGAGUGCAGCUGAAGAAAGAACUAUAAAUGUAGUAGGAGGGGUACAUUGUUUGAUUUGCCCCAUGGUAGUGCUUCCAUGGGUGACUAAGGCCAGGAUCAUUAUAUAUAAAUAGUUCGAUCUCGAAAUGCAGUGUGAAAACUGCAUAUCUCCACAAAUUGAAGACUGAAAUUCUACAUAUCAAUAUUAAUCUCAUUGCAAUUUCAAACUUCAAACAUUUAUUAAAACUGCACUAAGAGCAUUGAUGGUACAUGAUUAGCUGGUUACAUGCUAUCCUGGGUCCUUAAGUAUCAUAUUGAACGUAUUUCUUUCCUUGUUUUGUUUGUUUUACAUUUUAUAUUAGUGUAAAGAUAAAAUCUCUUGACAAAUUUUGUAUCUGGAGUACUGCAUAUUGGUCACAUUAUAUAUCAUCAGUUAAGUAGAUUGUGUUAAAUUACAGAUAUGUAAGUUUGAGGCAUUUUGAAUAAGAAAUCUGAUUAUUUGAGCAGUUUUAUAUUCUUAGGGAGGACUAAUGGUAUACAUGUACUGUACCAUUUCUUGAAAAGGUUUGAGCAAAAAUAAUGCUAAUGUGGAAUGAUAGAAAAUAUACCUGGGAGAACAAGUAUCAGGUCUUAAAUUGUACUAUUAGAUGUAGCCGAUGAUUGCAUUACACUAUUACAGGUUCGAGUUUAUAAAGGCAACCUAGUGAGACUUGUUUUGGCCGAUACAGAAAAGGUAGAAAGGUGCUAACCAUACCUGCAUUUGGGCAGAUAAUUUUAUACUGCAUGCAUCCCACCUUAUAAUUAUUCAGUAUUACUGUCUUACACUUCAAUUGACAAUGGGUAUCUGUUAAUGGUCACACAUUGACUGCGAAGUUAGUUAUGCACAGAGAGACUAUUAUAUAUGGUAAUCAUCCUGCCAUGUAACAAGUGUUAGGUGCCUACAUAAAUAGCUAAAAGAAAGAUGUAUGAAGUGUUGCAUCUGUAUAGACGCCUUACAUUAUUUUAUGUUAAGCGUUACCCGAUUCAACACUGUUGUCUGUAUAUGUUGUCCUAGAAUGUCUGUACAUUUGCUGUUGCUGUACAUACCGUGUGAAAGUUGUGUGCGUGUGUAUUUGGAUACAACAGGAGUGCUUUUGUGGAUUUGAUUGGUCAAUGCUUGCGUGUACUGACAAUGAUGUCGAGCUUCCUCAGACACUUGCAUUUUCAGAGCAAGAAUUAAACUGGAAACAAAAGCAAAGUGCAGAAAUUGAAGAUUAGUUUUGAAAUAGAUGUGGACUCCUUAAAUGUCAAUGCUCAUUUUUAGUAUUUUUAGAAUUUUAAGUGAAGGCAGAAUUGUGUGUGUGUAAAUAAAGGGACAAUUGUAUGCAUAAUUGUGCGAUUAGAUCAAUGUUUACUUGCAAGUGUAUGCAUGAUAUGAAUACAUGGAUGCAUGCAUGCGUGUGCACGCAUACAUAUUGUUCUGUAUUGUAUAUUUGAUUUUACUUUUUGUUUUGUUUAAUUUUGAAGGAAAAAGAAGAUUGUAACAGUUGUCAUAUUUCAACCUGUUUCAUUCUUGCUCUUAUUAAAAAGCUUUUCAUUUAUUUUGCUGCUGCAGAUUUGACAGCUUCUGACUAUUGCUUAAUCUGUGUGUUACGAUGCAUAACCUUAUUUUGAUGUGGGGGCACACAAUAAUCUAUUUUUGGUUUACUAUUUAAUAAAAAAUAAUUACCUAUAUAUUAAAUGCAAUUUAAAUUUUUUUAAGUAUAUAUACAUUUUUAUGGAUUUGUUAAUAGUCUGAGUGUCCCCUAUAUCUUGAGGCUGUAAACUGUUGACAUAUUACAACUAUGUAAAAGUUUUAUGGAAGACUUGUUUCAUUUAAUAUAAAUGGGGAGUCAUUAUGGACCAGGAGUUUCAUCUUUAGCCUGACAAAAGUAGUGCCUUCAUGAUAAUAAAGAUGAACUGUUAGGGAAGCCAAGGCUUUAAAUUUUUUGGUAUUGGUUUUAAGUGACGUACUAUGUAUUUAUAUAUGAAAAGUGCAAUAUUGGAUGAAUAUUUGAUUGAAAAUUCCUUUACAUUAAUUGAGAUUACCUUGCCCCCCCCCCAACCUUGGUUACCUAAAGGUACAUGUAAACAUAAGCAUGUGUAUCAUUAGGGUCCCUUCUCCCCCCCCCUCCUCUCCCCUAAGCUGUUUGAUCAUCCAAUGUUUCUAAUUUCCUGCCCAUUCUGUUUGUUUGGGUCUUAUUUUAUGCAUUUAGACCAAGUCCACCUAAUCAGUGCUCAUUGUCAAAUCUUCAGUCCUAGGCUAGAUUUUGUAUAUAUAUAUAAUUUUUCUUCAUUUUGUAUAGUAAUCUGGUCCCAUCAAUAAUUAGAAGUUUUUACUCUAAUGUACAUAUUCCCAUCAAAUAAAUCUAUGCAACAUUUUUAAUAAA